UGUUUACACACCCACAAAAAACAGGACACUAGUGGCCGUCAGAUGAAUGUUUACCCAGCAAGCAUAGAGUAGUGGUGAGGAAAGUGACAGCCACACUGGAGGCUCGGUGUAUGGUGAAACACAGGUGAUUUCGGCUUCCACGGUUGCAAUUUACAGCGGAAUGUUCACUCGAAGGGGGCAUGGAGACGUCAAGAAAUCUACACAGAAAGUUCUGGACCCAAAGAAGGAUGUGCUCACCCGGCUCAAACACCUCCGCUCACUGUUAGAUAUCUUUGAAAAGAGUGAUCUGAAGGUAUUCUUUGAAAACAACUGUUCUCAGAUUUAUUUUAUCUUCUAUGAAAAUUUCAUUACACUGGAAAGCAACCUAAAGCAAAAAGGGAACAAAUCUCAAAGGGAGGAGCUGGACUCUAUCCUCUUUAUUUUUGAAAAAAUUCUACAGCUUCUGCCUGAGAAAAUCUACAGCCGAUGGCAGUUUCACAGUAUAGGAUCUAUUCUAAAAAAGCUUCUACACACUGGAAAUUCAUUCAAGAUUCGCUGUGAGGGGAUCCGGCUCUUCCUUCUGUGGCUGCAGGCCCUGAGGGACAACUGUGCUGAGGAGCAGUUCCUUAUCUUUGCCUGUCUGGUGCCAGGAUUCCCUGCUGUGCCGUCCACCAGAGGGCCCUGCACACUGGACACCAUCAUUUACAACCCCUUCUCCAGUCCCCCUGAUGCAAAAGUGGUGCCUGAGGAGAUUACCCCGCUUGUUCCGGCUGUGGCGGGAGAAAAAGUAGCAGAUGACCAGACCUGUUACAUCCUCGAGACCCUGCUCAAGUACAUGGUCAUUCAGGCAUCCAGCUUAGAAUGGAAGAACAGAGAAAACCAGAACACGGGCUUCAGGUUUCUCUUCAGCCUGUUCAAAAAGUACUACCUUCCACACUUAUUCCCCUCCUUUACCAAGCUCACAAACCUCUACAAGCCUUUAUUAGACCUCCCACACCACAGGCCGAAACCUUUGUAUGUGCCAGUGACACGGAACAAUGAGAGCACCUUCUGCACCCGGGACCAGUACCUGGCACCCCGUGUGGCCUUCAUCACCUGGCUGGUCACCUUCUUCCUGGAGAAGAAGUAUGUCAGCAGUGCUGCCGCAGCACAGAGCACUAAAAACGGCACAGAGGUCAUUCCCAAACUCAUCCAGACUGUCACUGCGGGCAGUAGCAGCCAGGAGAAGGAGAAGGUGUCGGAUGGUGAUCUGAAUGGACCAGCAGGGGAGCCUGAGAAGAGCCACUCCAACAGCAGCACGCUGUCGGGGCGACGGCCCAGCGAUUCCAGUCUGUGUAGCAUUGAGGAGGAGCACCGCCAUGUCUACGACAUGGUGCAUGCCAUCCUUCUGUCCACCAGGGACAAUGUGAAUUUUGUCAACGAGGUCUUCCAUCAGGCUUUCCUGCUGCCGUCUUGCGAGGCGUCAGCGACAAGGAAGGUCAUCAAAGUGUACAGGAAGUGGCUCCUGCAGGAGAGGCCCGGAUUUAUGACGGAGCCUGACAAAAGUUCCCAAGCAGAUGAAGUGGAUGUCGGCUCCCAACAGAUACUCAGCAAGGAGACAAACAGCAUCCAUGCACAGAUGGAGAUUCACGGGCAUAAACGGACUUCUAGCUGGGGGAGAACCUACUCCUUCAGCAGCGCCAUCAGUCGGGGUUUUCUCACUGAGGAGGCGAAUAAGGACGUUAAGGCUGGUAUCCAGCCCACACUACAGGUGUUUCUGACCAACUCAUCUAAUGUGUUCCUGUUGGAGCCGUGCCAGGAUGUACCUAAACUCCUGGAAAAUCAGGUUGAGGUGUGCAAGGGUGUUCUCAGCAUCUACCGUCAUAUGAUCAUGGAGCACACGAUGAACACACAGACAUGGGAGCAGAUGCUGCAGGUGUUGCUGAGGAUCACAGAGGCGGUGAUGAAGAGGCCACGGGAAAACCAAAGAAAAGACAGCUUUGCUGAAAGUUUAGCAUCAAUCCUCUUCAGGACCAUCAUCGUUGCAUGGGUGCGAGCCAACCUGUGCGUGUUUAUAUCCCGGGAGCUGUGGGACGAGCUGCUGGCAGUGCUGUCCUCUCUUACCUGCUGGGAGGAGCUGGUGACGGAGUGGGCCAGCAUCAUGGACUCGCUGACGGCUGUGCUGGCACGCUGCGUUUAUGGCCUGGACAUGGGCAACCUGCCUCUGGACAAACUCAGCGAACAGAAGGAGAAGAGGCAGAGAGGACGUGGAGUGAUCCAGGACUCCCAGAAGGCAGCAGCUGUGGCUCGCUCCUUCUCUCUGAGCUGGAGGAACCAGGGUGAGCAGGGCAGCUCUGGAGUCCAAGAGCCCAUGAGGAUUCGCUCGGCCACUACGUCAGGAGCUCCUGGUGUGGAGAAGGCCCGAAACAAUGUGCGACAGAAAGCCUCUGCUAAGCGAAGCCAGUCCAUCAGCAACUGCGUUCAUCUGUACGAGGCUUUGCCCGCUACUAAAAGUGUUCCUAUGCUGCUCCACACUGUGAGCUCUUUCUUGCCUGGUAUCUCUUCUGGUAACUCUGCUUGCUCUCAGAGACUCUCAGAUGUGGAAGAAUGUCAGCUGUCAGAAUGUGGGGGAGAGGAGGAGCUUGGAGCUGGGGACAGCCCCCUGCCACGUAGCAGCAGCACCUCCGACAUCACCCAGCAACUGUCUGAAACUUUACCAGCCCAGAAGAGGGACUACUCCCCAACAUCCUGUGGCUCAGAUAGCAGGACGUCUGAGGGCAGGAGAGAAAGCACCGAGCCACCAGUGAUCCUCAUCCGGCGGAGCAGCAGUGCUGCUGAGACAGAGUGUAAUGCUGAGGGACACGCAAACUACACAAGGCCCAAGCUCAGAGAGAAAAGUGAGAGUAUAAGCAGUGAAACAUCCAAUGGCUACCUUAAUGAAGCUGAGGUUACCUGGCAUGCCUUCGACGAGGAGGCUGACACUCAGUCCACGCAGUCGGCCCACAUGGAUGUGACGGCUGACCCCCAGAGUCAGGGGAGUCUGCUGCUCAGUCACAAUGAGGCUCUAGCAGGUCCUGACUGUGCCCUCCCUUCCCAUUCUGCCCCCCCGACCUAUCACCACCACCACAACCACUACCCCCAGAACCCCCCAGCCUCACCAGCCCUGCUGGUGCACACAGAGUGCCCGCGGGACUGCCCCCUGGACGACACCAUGCAUCAGUCUGUCUUGCACAUGCCUCACCACUUGGACAGUAGUGAGUGCCUGGCUGAUGAUGUCAGCAUCAUUGCUGGUGGUACCCUGACUGGUUGGCACGCUGAUUCAGCCUUUGUCCUUUGGAGAAGGAUAUUGGGUAUCCUGGGAGAUGUCAACAGCAUCCGCUGCCCAAAGAUUCAUGCCAAGGUCUUCUCCUACCUCUACGAUCUUUGGCACAAGCUGGCCAAGAUCCGGGACAACCUUGGGAUCAGUGUGGACAACCAGUCUUCUCCACCCCAGCCUGCGUUCAUCCCUCCACUCCGAAUGCUGGCCUCCUGGCUCUUCAGGGCCACCAUGCUGCCAGCAGAAUACAAGACUGGCAAGCUGCAGGCCUACAAGCUGAUCUGUGAGAUGAUGACCAGGCACCAGGAUGUGCUCCCCAACGGUGAUUUCCUGGUGCACCUCUUCUACAUCCUGCAUAAAGGCUUCUCCAGUGAUGACCAGGAUGUUUUGAACACUAUCAUCCGCUCCUGCUCCCCGCGAUUCUUCUUUCUCGGCCUGCCGGGCUUCACCAUGCUAGUUGGAGAUUACAUCACUGCGGCUGCCUGCGUUCUCAGCUCAGUUUCCCCAGAGGUUCCGAGAAUGGAGGCUCAAGCUGCUCUGGGCUCUCUGGUGUGUUUCCCCAACCUUUACCUCCAGAUUCCUGUACUUCAACAUGUGUCUGGCUCUGAGGAGAUUAUUGUUGGCAAGGAGGAUAUUAAGGAUUAUCUGAUCAACAUCCUGCUUGAAAUGGCAACAAAGGAACACAUGGAAGGAGCCAGGUGCAUCGCAGUGUGCAGUUUGGGCCUGUGGGUGUGUGAAGAGCUAAUGCAAAACAACAUACACCACCAGGUUAAAGAUGCCAUCAAUGUCUUGGGAGUAACACUAAAGUUCGGAAACAAAGCAGUAGCUCAGGUAGCCUGUGACGUGUUUCAGCUGCUUAUUUCUCACUGGGAACAUCUCAAGAGGUUGGAGUCCACUCUGCCGAAAAAAAUAAUCGAGAUCUUUGUGGCCACAAUAGCCUUUUUGUUGCCGAGUGCAGAGCACUCAACAGUGGAAGCAGACAAAAAGUUGAUGGUUUCACUGCUGCUUUGCCUGUUGGAUUGGUGCAUGGCCGUGCCCCUGAGUCUCUUGCUGGAACCCGUCACCAUGCCUUCAGUGGAGGACCACACAUCCCUCAAGGCCCCACUGCUGGACUACAUCUACAGGGUGCUGCACUGCUGUGUAUCUGGGUCCAACCUGCACACCCAACAGAGCCACUACCUCCUCAGUCUGUCAGACUUGUCCAGUGACUAUGACCUCAUGUUGGGUCAGGUGAAGAGCUGUGAGCCACCGCCCACACAGUCGACCACUACUGACUUUGGCAACUUGCUCACUGUUGCUGAAGAAAAGCGACGGCGGAACAUGGAACUGAUACCUCUCACAGCACGGAUGGUAAUGACACACCUGGUGAACCAUCUGGGCCAUCAUCCGCUGAGCGGUGGCCCGGCCCUUCUCCACAGCUUAGUGAGCGAAAACCACGACAACCCUUAUGUGGAGUCGUCCGAGUUGUCCUCUGAGGUAUUCAAAAGCCCCAACCUGCAGCUCUUUGUUUUCAAUGAUAGCACACUGGUGUCCUACCUGCAGAUCCCUGCUGAAACACCCACCGUUGGCCAGCCCCCCCACACUUCUUCCCAAGUGCGAGUUAUCGUCCGGGACAUUUCUGGCAAAUACUCGUGGGAUGGUUCAAUCCUCUACUGCACGACCCAAGAAGAUUCUGUUGACGUGGGAGUUUUUAGUGCAGUUGACCGCCCUCUUUUUACCACCACCGUCACUCACAGCAGAAACCAGACCUGCUCUCCCUCUAAGGCACUGCAUCGAAGCAAACAAGGUUCAUUCUCGGACACGGUCCUCGAUUGUGAGGUGGAAGAAGUCGAUGUUCUCGACAAACUGCUGGAGAACCUGGGCAUCAGCAGUCCAGAAUGUCUGCCCCAACCGCAACUUAAACUCAACCAGCCAGCGCCCUCGCCACAUGGCAUGAACGUGGAGCAGGAGAGCACCAUUGUGGAGGCCAUUCUCCGUCAGACUCAGCAGGAGGACGAGCAGGUGAGGCACUGGGAUGCUGAUGUUAGCUUUCGAGCUGCCUGCCAGAGGGAACCCUCCCAUCAGGAACCAAAAGCUCCUUUCUACUUCUGCCGGCUGCUACUUAAUGACCUCGGCAUGAACUCUUGGGACCGCAGGAAAAGUUUCCACCUGCUUAAGAAAAAUUCAAAGCUCUUAAGAGAACUGAAGAACUUGGAUUCAAGGCAGUGUCGCGAGACGCACAAGAUUGCUGUAUUCUACAUUGGAGAGGGACAAGAGGACAAGUGCUCCAUCUUGUCAAACAGCGCAGGCAGCCAGGCCUAUGAAGACUUUGUAUCUGGACUGGGAUGGGAGGUGAACCUGGCUACACACUGUGGUUUUAUGGGAGGCCUUCAGAGAAAUGGCAGCACAGGUGUAACGGCCCCUUAUUACGCUACCUCCACGGUGGAAGCCAUCUUCCAUGUCUCCACACGUAUGCCAUCUGAUUCUGAUGAUUGCCAUACAAAAAAGCUGCGUCACCUGGGAAAUGAUGAGGUACAUAUAGUGUGGUCGGAGCACAACAGAGACUAUCGACGUGGCAUCGUCCCAACUGACUUUGGAGAUGUCCUGAUUAUUAUCUACCCGAUGAAGAACCACAUGUAUUUCAUCCAGAUCAUGAAGAAGCCACAGGUUCCUUUCUUUGGUCCUCUAUUCAAUGGCGCCAUCAUCACUGGGACUUUGCUGCCAAGCCUGGUGCGGGCCACCUGUAUCAAUGCCAGCAGAGCUGUCAAAUCCCGUCUGACUCUCUACCAGAGCUUCUAUGAGGAGCGGGCACUCUACUUGGAGGCCAUUGUUCAGAACCACCGGGAAGUCAUGACGUUUGAAGACUUUGCGUCGCAGGUGUUCUCCCCCUCUCCUGGCUACCAAAUGAGUGGGACAGGCUCCUUCACCGGCAGCACGAGCACCGAAUCCAGCGCUCAGACGGGCGCCGCGGACUCCGCCGCCGUGGACCAGGUCUCUCCCACGAUGCCCCGCGCCACAAAGAACCGAGUGUCCGGGAAACUCCGCCGAUCGGCGAGCGCUAUAAGCAAAUCUUCCAACUGAGCUCUUUCAGCACCUGCAACCCGUCAAGUGCAGCCUUUAAUAUAAUGUUUCUCAAAGAACCUCACACACUCAGCCACGACUGCAAGAGGUGCUUUUUUCCCUUUGUUUUAUUUUGUGUCAUAUAAACCUACAACUGGAGCAUAUUGCAAUUUUUUUUUUUUAUUUUAUUUUAUUUGAGUGGCAAUCAUUGAUUUCAUUGAUACAUUUCCAUUUGUUGUAACUGUUUAACAGGGAUGCACACGAGACUAAGCUAUUUGUGUUCAUCCUGGUGGUUUUCAGCACGAGGAUUGGCAACAUAGGAAGACUUGACUUCACUGAGGAAUCUUAAUGCAACAUGUGGCAAAAUGUCCCCUUUUCUUAUUUUCUCAUUUUCUAGCGCAGCCUUGUAAGGGAAUGGGAGAAGUGCGUAACCUUGGCUCCGUAUCGCGUCGAUCUCGACACUUAAAGCACUGAAAGACACUGUUGUAAGCGACACCGUGCUAAACCUGCACAAGACAUUGUUAUCCUUUUCUAAACGUGUCGGCCUUUUGACCCGUUUGUGCACCUGCCACAACCUUUUCCGUGUCUAAGAUUCCUCUUCACUCGGUGAAUGGGGUUAUUUUUGGAUGUUUUUUUCCCUGCCCUGGUUGCACCGGUCUGUGGAGCAGGACGAAGAACUGCUGCACAUGUUUCAUGGACAUUGUUUUUGUUCUUAUUUUGAACUCACUGUGGACAAUCGGUGAUGUCUUUCUAUCUUAAGCUGGAUUUCAAUUUGUUUUGGGGUUUGUUUGUUUUUUUUAUCACUCUUAUUUUCCUUUUUAAAUGAAUUCCGAUGGAUUGCGUCAUGAUUUGAUUUAUGCAGCUCCAGUGGAAUGAGAAAAGACUGCGUUUGUAAUUGUUUUCUGAUGUUGUUAACAUAGGCCCAUGUCCGGUAAUUGAAUAAGUUCCUCCUGUCUCUUUCCUCUGCGAUUAGUCUCUCUGUGUCCUACGAGGCCGAGACGUUGACAUUCCAAUGUUCCCAAACAACAUUAUUUGCACUCACAGUCAUUGAUUAAGUGGAAUGUUCUUUGCGUUGCUUUAAAUCUUAUUUGCCGAUGUAUCUUCCUUCGAUGUAUAUAGUGAGGACUACUUAUUUUGUGUGGUUUUAAUGUAGUCAUGUGCUGUUUCAGAGGGAAAAAUACCACCAGAGCCUCAGGUGAAUCUAAACUCCAUGCACUGUGUGCGUGUCUUUUUUUUUCUGAGGGAGCUUCUCUUCUCGCAGUGCCUGUGUAUUAUCCUGUCCUGUCCUGUCCUGUCCUACACCUCCUCAUACUCCCAAUAAUCACAUUUAGCCGUCUCCUCUUCGUCAUGCGAGACAAAACCAUGGCCGCCCGGCAUCACAUCUCCUCAUUAACUGUCUAAAACAAACCGUUUCCCUCCCCUGUGGCUCUAACGGUCAAUUCCUUGUGCUUCCCACAACAACGACAUAUACAACAGAUGGACGUGGAGUCGUGGGCUUCCCUGUUUUUUUUUUAGUUUUUUUUUUUAGUCUAUGCGAUCCUCUGUCUUCAUCCAUGAAUGGAAUCAAGUGGCACCAACCCCUCCCUUUUCCCAUGAUCCUCUCCCUACGACUUGGUCCACAGGGGAGGGGGUGGCUGGGUUUAGGUGGCAUGCCAGAGCUGAACUAUAACAGCACUCCUAGCAACCACCAGGCAAAGCUCUCUCACUCCUCCAACCAGCCCGGCUUGUGUUGUCAUAGCAGCCAGGUGUUCCACACACACACACACACUCACGCCCUCUGAGGGCUCCACCCAAGCUGCAACACUAUCCCCAUCUGUUGCACGACUAUGCCUUACUUUCCCCUUGCUCACCUGUCCUCCUCCUCCUCCUCCUCCUCCUCCUCCUC